AUGAUGCGCCCACCAAUUAUUCUGCUCAAGGACGGAACCGAGAACAAGCAGGGAAAGGGUCAGAUCAUUUCCAACAUCAAUGCUUGCAUGGUCGUCGCCGACAGUGUCCGUACCACCUUGGGUCCACGCGGUCUCGACAAACUGAUCGUCGAUAGCAAAGGCGCCACAACCAUCUCUAACGACGGCGCCACGAUUCUCCGCCUCCUCGACAUUGUCUUCCCAGCCGCCUCCACGAUGGUCGACAUUGCUCGAUCUCAAGACGCCGAAGUCGGCGACGGCACCACUUCUGUCGUCAUUCUCGCCGCCGAAAUUCUGAAGCAAAUGAAGCCGUUCAUCGAGGACGGUGUCCAUCCACAACUUCUCAUCCGCGCCAUCGGAAAGGCCUGUGAGAAGACGUUGAAGGAGUUGGAAGGUCUGGAGAUCAAGAUCAGUGGAGAGUCGGAGCUCCGUGAUAUGCUUGUCAAGUGCGCCGCCACUACGUUGAGCAGUAAGCUCGUCAGUCAGGAACGUCAGUUCUUUGCCAAUAUGAUUGUCGACGCUGUCAAUACGUUGGACGCUCAUCUUCCAUUGAAUAUGAUCGGAAUCAAGAAGGUCAACGGAGGAAAUUUGAAUGAAUCCCGUCUCAUCAAGGGAGUCGCGUUCCAGAAGGCGUUCAGCUACGCUGGAUUCGAAAUGCAACCCAAAAAGUACAUCGGCGUCAAGGUGGCUCUACUGAACAUUGAGCUGGAACUCAAGGCCGAGAAGGACAACGCCGAGAUGCGUCUGACGAACGUUUCAGACUUCCAAGCGGUCGUUGAUGCCGAAUGGAACAUUCUCUACGAUAAACUCCAGAAGAUCCACGACUCGGGCGCCAACGUCGUCCUCUCGAAACUUCCAAUUGGAGACGUUGCCACACAAUGGUUCGCCGAUAGAGACAUGUUCUGCGCUGGACGAAUUCCACAGGACGAUUUGGAGCGUUUGAUGGCGGCGUGCGGAGGAAGCGUCCUUACUACCGUAUCCCAAAUCGAAGACUCCGUCCUCGGAAAGUGCGGAAAGUUCUACGAGCAACAAGUGGGAAGCGAGCGCUACAACUUCUUUGAGGAGUGCUCCAAAGCCCAUGCAUGCACCCUUCUGCUUCGUGGUGGCGCCGAGCAAUUCAUUGCUGAAACUGAACGAUCCCUUCACGACGCCAUUAUGAUCGUUCGUCGUGCCAAGAAGAACGACUCGAUUGUUGCCGGUGGUGGAGCUAUUGAGAUGGAGUUGAGCCGCUUGAUUCGCGAUCACGCCAAGGGCAUCGAGGGCAAGGAUCAGGCUUUCUGGAUGGCGUAUGCUCAAGCUUUUGAGAUGAUCCCACGUCAACUGUGCCAAAACGCCGGACUCGACGCGCUCGACGUGCUGAACAAGUUGAGACACCGUCACGCGCAGGGAGAGAAAUGGGCCGGAAUCGAUAUCCAUCGUGAGGCUGUUGGAGACAAUUUGGCCGCUUGCGUCUGGGAGCCAAGUCUUGUGAAGAGGAACGCCAUCACCGCCGCCACAGAAGCCGCGUGCCUGGUGCUGUCCAUCGAUCAAACCGUCAAAAAUCCACGUACCGCAUCGGGAGGACAAAUGCCAGGACUUCCAGGAAUGUAA